GAUCUGAUAGUGGCUUUAAAUAGAAACAGAAUUCCUAAUGAAUUUGUUAGCUUUGAAAGCUUAAUAUUUCCCAUAGCUUUGAAGCAUAUCAUUCCCUUUAAUAUUAGCAGUCCCUUUAAUAAAAUGCCUUCUGACAACUCUGGAAACGGGCAGACAGUCUGUGUGACGGGUGCGGGUGGGUUCAUUGCCUCAUGGAUCGUUAAGCUCCUCCUUGAGAAAGGCUACACCGUUAAGGGGACCGUGAGAAAUCCAGAUGACCCAAAGAAUGCACACUUAAGGGAACUGGAAGGAGCCAAGGAGAGGUUGAUACUGUGUAAAGCAGAUCUUCUUGAUUACGAAGGACUCAAAGCUGCCAUUUCUGGUUGUCAUGGUGUUUUCCACACUGCUUCCCCUGUUACUGAUGACCCUGAACAAAUGGUGGAGCCAGCAGUGAUCGGAACAAAGAAUGUGAUUACAGCAGCAGCUGAUGCACAGGUCAAGCGCGUUGUAUUCACUUCUUCUAUCGGAGCUGUUUAUAUGGACCCUAAUCGCGCCCCCGAUAAGGUGGUUGAUGAGUCUUGUUGGAGUGACCUCGACUUUUGCAAGACCACCAAGAACUGGUAUUGCUACGGGAAGGCAGUGGCGGAGCAAGCGGCAUGGGAAGUGGCAAAGGAGAAAGGAGUAGACCUGGUGGUGGUGUGCCCGGUGCUAGUAUUGGGGCCAUUGUUGCAAUCAAGCGUAAAUGCAAGCAUAAUACACAUACUAAAGUACUUGACAGGGUCAGCCAAGAAAUAUGCAAAUUCAGUACAAGCUUAUGUACAUGUUAGGGACGUGGCUUUGGCCCACAUAUUGGUUUAUGAGACUCCUUCUGCCUCUGGAAGGUACCUUUGUGCUGAGAGCGUGCUUCAUCGUGGUGAUGUUUGUGAUAUUUUGGCCAAGUUUUUCCCCGAGUAUCCUGUUCCUACCAAGUGCUCAGAUGAAGUGAACCCAAGAGCAGAACCAUACAAGUUCACUAACCAGAAGCUCAAGGACUUAGGAUUGGAGUUCACUCCUGUUAAGCAAUGCUUAUACGACACCGUUAAGUGCCUCCAAGAAAAGGGUCACCUUCCUCUUCCUGUCCCUCCCCAGCAAGAGGAAUCCAUCCGUAUGAAGUGAAAUGAAUAUAUUGUAUGCUUGCCUUCUGAUGAAAAACUUCUUGCCAGUAUGCUUUUGUGAAGAAGCUAAGGGAUUACAUUGUUCAGAUAUUGUACUUAUAAUGGGGGACUAUGAAGAUUCCUAUGAGCUAGACUAUGCUUUUAUUUUGAAGCAUAUCAAUUUUAACAAAGUACAAAUUCACUUCCAUUUAAUAAAAAUAUAUAAAUGAAAGAACAAAUAAUGGACUAGGUAUGUACAAAAUAUAAUUACUUUGUCUAUAUAGUAGUAGCAAUUAAGCAAGAUCAUAAAUUGUGCAGAGAAAUAAAAUAAUGUACACUGAGUAUGUAUCAAUGUACUCUCAACUCUC